UCGAGGUGUUCAUCCUUCAGAAACUAUUAUAAGUCCAACGUCGCUUGAAUGGAUUGGAACUACCCGUAACCAACAGUGAUUAUAGUUAUUGGAAACUAUCAACAUGCAUUCCAUUUGGAGGUGGAUAUUGGCGUUCUGUUUAAGUGUGUUGAUAAAUAAAUGCAGUACAGCGCGAAUUCUCGCAGUGUUUCCAUUGGCAUCAGCGAGCCACAGUGCUGUACUCCACACUAUAACCGUGGAGUUAGCGAAGAGGGGCCAUGAACUCGUGGUUUUCGAUGCGUAUUCAGCCGGAAAGGAGAUUGAACAGUUGAGGAAUUAUCGGGAGUAUCAGUUGAAGGAGAACGUUAUGUCUUCUGAACAGUUGCGCCAGCUUUUGAAAGGACAGGCGAAUGUCCUGCGGUUGCUAAUGGAUUUGCCGGAAAUUUCAGAAACUUUGAUGAAUCGAACAUUCUCAAACGAGGACAUGGCGAGACUGAUUUCACCGAGUCAUAAAGGAACCUUUGAUCUCAUCAUGAUUGAAUGGAUAUCUUGGGAUUCCUUGAACGCUCUCGGUUAUCGUUUCAAUGCUCCAGUAAUUGGCCUCAUCACGGUACCCAUAACGAUGCUUGAUUUCACCAUGGGCCUCUCCUUCCCCUCAAUCGAUAUUCCACUUUACAUGACCGGUGAGACCGGUGAGAAGACCUUCAUUGACAGAUUAAAGGGUUUUGUCACAGAUCUCGCUAUAACGUCGUUUCGACACUACACGUUGUAUCGACAGCAGAGAAUUGUGGAAAAAUUCUUCGGUCAGGAUUACCCGCACGUGUACGAUAUGAUGAGAAAUGUCAGUAUGAUUUUCACUGAUCAGGAUCAUGUGAUGCCACAUCCGGCAAUUAGUGCUCCCAAUAUCAUCAAUAUCGGCGGAAUCCACGUUUCCAGGGGAACGGAUCAGCAGUUGCCGUCCGACGUGAAAGACUUCCUGGAUACUGCAGAGAAAGGUUUCGUUUAUUUUAGUCUCGGAUCGACACUACCGGGACACUAUAUGCCAGACGAGAUUCGACGGAUUUUCACUGAAGUAUUCGCCGCAAUUCCUUAUCGCGUAAUUUGGAAGUGGGAGGACGAUCAUCUUCCGGAGAAACCGGAUAACGUUUUAAUAUCUAAGUGGCUGCCCCAGAGAGCUAUCCUAGCGCAUCCUGCCAUCAAAGCCUUCAUCUACCAGGGAGGUCUUCAGAGCACAGAGGAAGCUAUCGCUGCUGCUGUGCCAUUAGUUGCUCUUCCAAUAUUCGGGGAUCAACAGCAGAAUGUCAACAAAAUGGUCCACAUUGGUGGUGCGAUCAAGCUUAACAUCCACAGUCUCACUACGAGUGAUCUGAAGCAGGCCAUCACAGAGGUGGCAGAGAAUAAAAAUUACAAGAAACAAAUCAUUAAGUUUAGAGAUCUGCUGAACGAUAGACCCUAUGAUCCUGUGAAUCACACGAUGUGGUGGAUUGAAUACGUCAUCAGGCAUAAGGGGGCGCAUCAUUUAAGAUUAGUGAGGUCUAGUCUUCUCUGGUAUCAGGCACAGAAUCUUGAUGUUAUCGCAUUCUGUGCUGUUAUUCUAUUCAUCCUGAUGUUUAUUAUUUAUAAGAGUGUUAAAUUAACUGUUUGUUAUUGUUGCUAUAGGCAAAACCAAAGUGUUCAGAAAGUCAAACAGUCGUAGGUGAAACGACUGAUAGAAAUGUGAUGAAGAAAAUUGAUUUUAGAUUUAAAACAUGAUGCACCUCGCAUAUGUGGGGUUCAAAUACAUCAAGUAGAUUAUAAA